AUGAUUGGUAGGUUUGCUGGAAAACAUUUAGUUGCCAGGGCCGCUGGGACGAAAACCGAAACUGUGUUGAGGAAGAAAGCGAACACAGCGCUGUACGGGUGUGGCUUGUCUGCCUCGGGUGCAUUAGCCAUACCUCGACUGGUGGUCAACGAUAAGGUCGUAACUGCCAGAGAGACGCGUAAACCUCUUCGAAUAAGUCAGUUCAAUACAAGAGGGAUCAAACAUAUAGCAGCUGGCUUCGGAUUUUCAUUGUUUGCCUCCAAAGACAAACUAUACGGUUCUGGACUGAACAACAGAUUUCAAAUUACCAGCCAUAUUCGCGAAGAGGAUAUGAGGGGUCAAGAGUACUAUAUAAGUGCGAAGCGGAUACAAUUGCCUGUCCGGACCACCAUACUGUCAAUCUCAUCAGGUCGAGCACAUUCGUUAGUUGCCACCACAUCAGGUGUUUAUGCUUUUGGAGACAACGCACAUGGGCAGUGCGGACAAAAUCCUGAAAAGUAUCGCGAAGUGCAUGGGUUAAGGGACUCUGCUCUCCCAACAGUGGAAAUUCCUAGCGAUUCUCCUAUAAUUGAUGUGCACUGCGCUCUGGAUACCUCGUUUGUCCUCUCGAGAAAUGGAGAAGUCUUCUCUUUUGGUUUAAACGAGGAUGGCCAAUGUGCAAAUGGCGAGUAUGGGAUACAGUGGAAGCCGUCAAAAAUAUUAGGCGAUGCAGCUGACGAGAAGAUCAUCUCCAUCUCUGGUAGCUCUGACACUCUGUUGGCACUUUCUGCGAAUGGUGAAGUUUUUAUCUGGGGCCAAUGUGAGUAUGGACAGGCCGGUAUAGGAAAUGACACAAUUCAGUUGAACUCAUCACGAUUCAUUCCAUUUCCUCCUGGGAAAAUAACAUCAGCGGGAUCAACGGCAAGUUCUUGCGUCGUUAACACGGAGUGCGGAGAGGUCUAUGUUUGGGGGGUCGGAUUGCUUGGAAUGGGCCCAGCUACACAGAGGUUGGAUCGUCCAACGUUAAUGGACCAACCUCUUUUCGAAAAGAAGAAGGUCUCAAUAGUGUAUGCGGGAAAUACAUCUUUUGGUGCCAUCAAUAGUUCUGGACGAUUAUUUGUAUGGGGUCAAAACAGGUACGGCUUGCUUGGAUUGGACCAUGGGAAAGAUCAGUACUUUCCGUAUCAAGUUUUCUUCCCAUAUGAUGUGAAACACGGGAGCGAAGCUAAAACCACCGAAAGUCUGAAGUCCGGCUUUAGCCGGACAUUGAGAUCUCAUUCCGCUUAUGUCUAA